AUGGACACUGCCAGAGCCUGCUGCUGUGCCCUUCAGAGGAGUGUCUACUGCUGCCUGUGCUGUGGAGUGCUGGGAAUGGAAUCCACAUGUGAGGCAACUCUGACAAGGCAUCAAGAGGUCCUGCAGACAUUGGAGACCCCUCCUUUGAAAGUGAUGAUCUCUGGAUCACCCUCUCUGUGCCAGGAUCCCCAGCAUCACUUAGCACAGCCCCACCCCCUCGUGCGUGCACCAUUGUUAUGUAAGAGCUUCCCCCUGCCUGCACCUCCCUGGGGAUGCCCAGCCUCCAGCCUCUCUCUGCCCUCCUCAGGGUUAGGCUGCUGUUUAGAAGGUGCUGUUCCAGGCAUAGUCUUGCCUGCCUCCCACUUGAGUGCAUUCUUUGGUCACAAGGCUUCCUCACUCAUGGGGCCUGCCUGGGCCCAGGCCCACCUGACAGGUGAUCUCUGGCUGCUUCUUCUCUGGCUGCUCCCGUUUCCGACCUGCUGCCCCCAGGACCCACCAGGAUGGCGCUUCACUUCCUCUGAAAUUGUGAUCCCCAGGAAGGUGUCCCACAGAGUGGGUGGAGAUGUGACACAAGGCCAGCUCUCCUACAAGAUUCGCUUCAGCGGCCAAAGACACGUGCUUCACAUGAGAGUCAAGAAGAGCUUGCUGCCCAGACAUUUUCCUGUUAUCACCGAUAACGACCAAGGCGCCAUGCAGGAGGACUACCCUUUUAUCCCCCGAGACUGUUACUACUUUAGCUACCUGGAAGGGGUUCCUGGGUCCAUGGGCACGCUGGACACCUGCUAUGGGGGUCUGCGUGGCAUGCUGCAGGUGGAUGACUUCACUUAUGAAAUCAAACCGCUGGAGGCGUCUUCCAAAUUUGAGCAUCUGAUUUCUCUGCUUGUGUCACAAAGAACUUUAGCAGAGGAUGAAAAAUGUAAGAUUGAAGGGAAAGAGACAAAUGAAGGAUAUGAAGAGGCAAUGAUUGCUGGAGUGGCUAGAGCAGCCCCUGUGUAUUUGUGGUGGCCACAUAGGAAGUACUUAAAACUUCACUACACAGUUUCUAAGUCAUUAUUUGAUCUGAACCCUAAUAUUACAAAUGUAAUAGAGAAUGUAGUAAUUAUAAACAACAUACUGCAUAGCAUUUUCUACCAGGGUCGACUUCAGGUUUUCAUACGUGUUCUGUGCAUAUGGAAUAACAAAGACAGAUUCAAUUUAGGUAAGUGGAAAGGUACUGGUAAUGUAAUGGCUCAAUUUGGUUAUUGGAAAUUGAGGGCCGUGCAUGAGAAAAUUCCUCAUGAUAGUUCAAUGCUUCUCACAGGACAUAAAAUCGGUAACUCUGCAUAUUAUAGUAGCCAGGAGGGAAUAUGCAACUCCAAUUGGGGAGUAUCAUAUGUAUUUGUUUCAAAGUAUCACAUAUUUUUAGCUGCAACUGUUGCAGCACAUGCAAUAGGUCAUGUUAUGGGCUGUGAACACGAUGGUCCAGGUUGUCACUGUUUUCGGAGACGUCACUGCAUCAUGGCUCCUGAGCCUGGUCUUCUAGAUAUGAUGAGCAAUUGUACUUAUGACAGACUGCAUCGACGGAUUUCCACAUGGGAUCCUUGUUUGAGUAUAUCAAAUGUACCAUACAAUAAUUUUCCUUAUGUAGCUGCUCGUUGUGGUGACAAGAUCCAAGAUGCAAUGGAAGAAUGUGACUGUGGCACCUUAAAAGACUGUAGUAGAGAUCUGUGUUGCGAGCCCAGUUGUAUCCUCAGCCUUGGCAGUACUUGCAGUCAUGGAGGUUGCUGCUGGAAUUGUAAAUAUGCUCAACCUGGAAGACUUUGCAGAGAUACUCGUGGUAUUUGUGAUCUACCAGAAUACUGUAACGGGACAACGCAUCUUUGUCCAGAUGACACUUAUAUCCAGGAUGGAACCCCAUGUUCACCAUUAGCUGUUUGCAUGAAGGGAAACUGUAGUGACCGUGAUAUGCAGUGUCAAGCCCUCUUUGGCUAUGAAAUAAAAGAUGCUUCACCAAUAUGCUAUAACAAGUUGAACAUCGUCGGUGACCGAUUUGGUAAUUGCGGUGUGAGGGUGAUUCGAGGAGGAGGAAAGCCUAUAAAGUGUGAACCAGAUGAUGUUCUGUGUGGAAUGCUGCACUGUGGUAAAGUGAAGGAACUUCCUGGUGGUGGGGAACACACUACAUUCCGUGAUCUACUAGUAAAAGAUAUUAAAGAAGAUAGAUGCUUUGGAUACGAUGCCCACUUUGGGACAGACUCGCCGGAAAUGGGGCUUGUAGUGGAUGGUGCCUCAUGUGGCCCAGGGGCAUACUGUAAGGACCAAAACUGUACUUUUUUUCCAGACCUGGGUUUUGACUGUGAUGUCAAGAAAUGCAAUUACAGAGGGGUGUGCAACAACCAAAGACAUUGUCACUGUCAGCAAGGUUGGAAACCACCAAAUUGUAGCGAAAGAGGACCAGGUGGCAGUGUGGAUAGUGGCCCUCCACCUGACAGAGAAAUAGGUAUUCGAGCCAGGCUACUACAGCGUGUAGACAAAGCAAUAUCACUACUGUUUCUUCGUCUUCUCCUUUUUUUGGGUUCAUUGGUUAUAGGUGCCUUUUAUUAUAUAAAACACAUUAUAGAGAAUGAAAAUGAAAAUGAAAAUGAAAAUGAAAAUGAAAAUGAAAAUGAAAAUAAACCGGUGGGAAAAACAAUCCCUUGA